AGACUCGUCUCAGACAUCGAUCCACCAUGGACUCUACAACGACGCUCGUCAACCCCACUCCGCCUACACCCUACUUCCUAACCAGUACUGAUUCAAAGAAUGCCACAUUCUACGCACACCCUGGUAUCCCACUGUACACGAUCACCGACGAUGGGAAACAGAUGAUAGUCAACGACCGUCGUACUCCUGGUCGGAUUGCUGCUAUCUUCCACCAGCGAGAAAUUCUCCCAAAUACUAUUUCGUUCCCAGAACGGAAUGGUAACGCACCGAUCAGCGUGCAAAAAUGGCUCCGAAAAACUAGGCUUGCAGACGGAACAACUGCUUUUGUCAUGGGGACCGAUUACGGGCCAUACGUGUGGAAGAUAAUCUCGAGCCAUCGUCAAAAGGUUUACGCUCAAUAUGACUUGGACAGACCAAUAGCAUCAUGUUCAUUUCAUGCCACAGUGUCAAAUGGAAAGCCUGCGUUUUUACUGGAAUAUGACGCAGAGCCUUUACGGGAAGAUAUUCUACUGGCUUAUCUGCUCCAGAGGCAACGAGUAAUUUCAGAAGACAGGCUUAUCGAUGUCUUUGUAGGAUCCAGCGGGGCGGACAAGACUUCAUAAAUGCUGUCAUAGGGUUUAGGACAUCUUCGCAGAAGUACAACUUACUUAUCUCACUGGGACUUACUCAUACAUGUCGUACAUAAUUCGGUUUACUUGUUAUCAGUGGUCAGGCGGAAUGUUACUAUCGAUUCAGGCAA